AUGUCUACUCAUUCAAGUGUACCGCGAAAGCUCUGGGAGCACCCUGAUCCCCAAUCAACUCAGAUGGCAGCGUUCAAGCGAACUCUCGAGAAAACAAAAGGCGUGACCCUACCAGACUAUCACUCAAUGUACCAAUGGUCCAUCCAAAACCGCAUCGCAUUCUGGGAGUUCUGCUGGAAGUACUUUCCCAUCAUCCACGAGGGGACAUAUGAUCGAGUUACCGACGAAAACGCUCGAAUUGACAGCAUUCCCGACUGGUUCCCUGGAGUGCGUCUCAAUUACGCGGAGAAUCUGCUCUUUACCGCUGCUACUCCAGGCGAAACACCAUCAACUCUGACGACAGUAGGGAAAGAAGAUAGCAAGAUCGCUGUGACUGAGGUUCGAGAGGGUGAUCAUGAGCCAACAGUUAACUUGACCUGGCGAGAACUACGACAACGCACUGGUCGACUAUCGCAAGCGAUGAAAGCUGCGGGUAUCCAGCGGGGCGAUCGAGUCGCGGUGGUUGCUAGUAACAGCAUUGAUACCUUGACGGUGCUUCUAGCAACAACGGCUCUCGGAGCUAUAUUUUCAUCCGCAUCCACAGAUACCGGUGUCAAGGGUAUUCUGGACCGUAUCCGGCAGAUCCAGCCUCGAUGGGUGUUCAUGGAUGAUUUCGCAGUUUAUAACGGCAAGACUGUUGAUCUUCGACCUAAGAUCGCACAGGUCGUGGAGGGUAUGGCUGUUAUCCCUGAGUUUCAAGGAAUCAUCUCUGUACCCCGGUUCAGAGAGCGACCGGCGGAUAUCUCGCAUAUUCCACGAACCCGUACCCAGGCCGAAUUCCUCGCUGGAGCUGCUUCCGACCAAUUGGAAUUUGUUCGCGUUCGGUUCCGGGAUCCCUUCUUGAUUGCAUUCUCAUCCGGGACGACUGGAGAGCCGAAAUGCAUUGUUCACUCUGUUGGGGGAGUCUUGAUGAACAGUAAUAAGGAGGGUCGUCUGAACAGAAGCAUGAACCCAAAUGCAAUCACUCUUCAAUAUACUACUACGGGAUGGAUCAUGUACAACUCUUGCGUCUCAGCUCUAGUCUUUGGUGCAAGGCCCAUUCUAUACGACGGCAGUCCUUUUCAACCCGAUCCGACAAUACUGGUGAAGCUCCUUGAGAAACACAAGGUUACCCACUUCGGUACAUCACCUCGCUGGAUGCACGAGAUGAGAAAGAACAAACUCAGUCCACGAAAGCUCGCCGACCUUCAUAGAUUACAGGGCGUCACCAGUACCGGCAUGGUCCUCUCCGAGUCACUAUUCGAAUGGUUCUACGAUGACGGUUUCGAGGCUCAUACUCUUCUCGCAAAUAUAUCAGGAGGCACAGACUUGGCUGCUUGCUUGGGCCUAGAAAAUCCCAUCUCGCCACUAUACGUUGGUGGAACCCAAGGUCCAAGUUUGGGAAUGCCCAUCGCUGCUUAUGAGCAAGUCGACGAAGAAGCUGGCCAAGCAAAGGGGUCUGAAGCUGCGCCAGGUGAGCCUGGCGAAAUCGUUGUGACUGCCCCAUUCCCAAGUAUGCCGGUCAAGUUUUGGAGUGAUGAGGGAGGGAAGAAGUAUUUCAAUGCAUACUUUGCACGCUACGACAAUGUCUGGACACAGGGCGACUUUAUCGCAAUUAAUCCUAAUUCACGACAAAUUCUUUUCCUUGGGCGAUCUGAUGGUGUCUUGAAUCCGUCUGGUGUCCGGUUUGGAUCUGCAGAGAUCUACAAUGUCAUCGACACUCAAUUCACCAAGGAAAUCGUUGAUUCAAUUUGCGUUGGACAACGUCGGCCUACAGAUUCAGACGAAUCCGUUAUCUUGUUUCUCCUCAUGCGCCCACGUUUCAAAGUCGAUCAGCAGUUGGUGACCCGCGUCAAGGAAGCGAUCCGAAAAUCGCUUAGUGCUCGCCAUGUCCCUAAGUACAUCUUUGAGACACCUGCUAUCCCGGUGACGGUUAACUUGAAAAAGGUUGAGCUUCCAGUAAAACAAAUAGUUUCCGGCAAAAAGAUCAAACCGUCCGGUACCCUUCUUAACCCGGAGAGCCUUGACUUCUACUAUCAAUUUGCGGAGGUCGAGAAGAUUGUUCCUCCUCAGGCGAAGCUGUAG